ACCAAAUGGGUUGAUCCUAAAACGGAAGAAGAAAAAACUAUUGUUGUUUCUGAAGAUGAUGGUAUUCGAAAGAGUACUACUGUUGAAGGUUUGGCAAAAUUGAAACCUGCAUUUGCGAAAGAUGGUACUACUACUGCUGGUAGUUCCUCUCAAGUUUCAGAUGGUGCAGCUGCUGUUUUGCUUAUGAAAAGAAAGAAAGCCGAAAAACUUGGAUUACCAAUUCUUGGUAAAUUUAUUCGUGCCAGUGUUGUUGGUGUUCCUCCAAAUGUCAUGGGUAUCGGUCCCGCUUAUGCUAUUCCAAGUGUUCUCAAACAAGUUGGUCUCGGAAUCAAUGAUAUUGAUAUUUAUGAAAUUAAUGAAGCUUUUGCUUCUCAAGCCGUUUAUUGUGUUGAGAAAUUGGGUAUUGAUAUAAAUAAAGUUAAUCCAAAAGGUGGAGCUAUAGCAAUUGGACAUCCUCUUGGAUGCACAGGUGCUCGUCAAAUUUCUACACUCUUAUAUGAAUUGAGAAGAACAAAUAAGAAACUUGGUGUUAUUUCUAUGUGUGUCGGUUCUGGUAUGGGUAUGGCAGCAGUUUUUGAAGCUGAAAA